AUGGCCGCACCAACUGACCUCCCCAAAAUGCAGUAUCGAUUCCUUGGAAGAUCCGGUCUCCAAGUCUCCUGCAUCUCCCUCGGCGGCUGGCUGACAUAUGGCGGACAUGUUGAGAACGAAAACACCUUUGCCUGCAUGAAAGCAGCAUACGAUGCAGGCAUCAACUUCUUCGACUGUGCAGAAGGCUAUGCUGGUGGCGAGAGCGAGAAGAUCAUGGGCGAGUGCAUCAAGAAGUUCGGCUGGAAGCGAAACGACUUUGUGAUAUCCACCAAGAUCAACUGGGGAGCAGCGAACGGUGAUAAUCCCGUGAACAACGGUGGGCUGUCGAGAAAGCAUUUAGUAGAGGGCACCAGAGCCAGCUUAGAGAGACUAGGGUUGGAGUACGUGGAUCUGUUGUACGCUCACCGUCCGGACCGGAACACGCCGAUGGAGGAGAUCGUUCGAGGGUUCAACUACCUCAUUGACACCGGCAAGACAUUUUACUGGGGCAUCUCGGAGUGGAACGCUGAUGAGAUCGAGAGGGCGAAUCAUGUUGCUACUCGCCUGAAUCUAGUGGCGCCCAUCAUGGAGCAGCCGCAGUACAAUCUGCUCGUACGCGAACGGUGUGAGAAAGAGUAUGCGCUGCUGUAUGAGGAGUACAAUCUCGCUCUGACCCCGUUCUCGCCACUGAAAGGAGGGAUCUUGACCGGCAAGUACAAUGAGGGUAUUCCAGGAGAUAGCCGAUGGGCGAAGUCCGAUGACAAGUUCGUCAAGAGUAUGAGAGAACGGUUCGGAACCGAUGACUGGCAGGCCGAGGUGAAGAAGGUCGCGUCGCUCAAGCCGAUAGCAGAUACGUUGGGUAUCAGCCAGGCGACACUUGCAAUGGCCUGGGUCCUGAAGAACCCGCACGUCGCUUCUGCCAUCACUGGCGCGAGUCGGCCGCAGCAGGUGUGGGAUUCGAUCAGAGCAAUCGAUGCAGUGCCCAAGCUGACGGAGGAUGUAUUGAAAGAGAUUGAUCAAGUGCUGGCAAACAAACCAGCUGCGCUCACCAGAAGAUUCUGA